AAGAUUGACGUGGAAGACACGUCAAUGAGAUCUGAGCAAACUGCAGUCAGAUAUCUGCGCUAAUCCCCCCUAAUCUGGGGAAGAUCACCUUCAGCUUUUGUUCCCCACACUUGUGAAGAAGUUGCUGUGCAAACAGUGAAGAGUUUGCAGCUUGGGAAGGAAGUUCCUCUCUGCUGUGAGAACCCUCCUCCUCCUCCUGCAGCCCAUUGGAGAAGGCUAGCCUCUCUCUCCCUUCCAUGUAUCUCUGGGUUACAUCUGUUUGAGCUUCCUGAUCUCUCUGCAAGUUUUCCUUCGUUCUCUCCUGGAGGGAUGGAGCAAGCCUAUGGAGAAGUGAACCAGCUGGGCGGCGUGUUUGUGAACGGGAGACCUCUGCCCAAUGCCAUCCGGCUGAGGAUAGUGGAGUUGGCCCAGCUGGGCAUCAGACCUUGUGACAUCAGCCGGCAGCUGCGAGUGUCCCAUGGAUGUGUCAGUAAAAUUCUGGCCAGAUACAACGAGACUGGCUCUAUCCUACCCGGGGCCAUCGGGGGCAGCAAGCCCAGAGUGACCACCCCGAAUGUGGUGAAGCAUAUCAGGGACUACAAACAGGGGGACCCGGGCAUCUUCGCCUGGGAGAUCAGAGACAGGCUGCUGGCUGACAAUGUGUGUGAUAAGUACAAUGUGCCCUCUGUCAGCUCUAUUAGCCGGAUUCUGAGGAAUAAAAUCGGGAACUUGUCUCAGCCCAGCCAAUAUGACAAUGCCAAGCAACAAUCAUCACAGCCAUCUAUACCAUACAACCACCUGUACCAAUACCCCUACCCCAACCCCAUAUCUCCGGGCUCCACCAAGGUGGGCAGCCAUCACCCAGGAGUUCAUAUGCCAACCGGACAUGUCAGCAUAGCCAGGUCCUGGCCAUCGGCUCACUCUGUCAACAACAUCCUGGGGAUCCGCACCUUUAUGGAACAAACAGGUGCUAUAGCUGGAGCAGAUGGGUCUGUCUAUUCCCCCAAGAUGGAAGAGUGGGCGAGCGUUAACAGAACAGCCUUUCCCAGUAGCCAGAACCUGAAUGGAAUAGAGAAGAGUGAUUCUGACAUCAAAUACCCUCAGGCCGCCUCCAGCCUCUCCACUGUGGGCAGCUUCGUCCAAGCCUGCGCCUACCCUUCCAGCCAGCAGUACGGGGUGUACGGGGGCCCCGGGGCCGGCUAUGUCACCCCGGGACACCACUGGCAAGCACAAGGCAGCCCCCUGGCUCAUCACGGCGCAGGCGUGACAGUCCAUGGAGGAGACCUCGCAGCCCCUAUGACAUUCAAGCACCCAGUCAGAGAAGAUGUAAUAGAUGGACACUUCUUAGCACAAGAUACACAGGCAGAUGACAAACCCUUGCCUUGCGCUCAGUUACACAGACUACGAAGAUUAAUGAGCAAAAAAGAUUGGUUGAACCCACAAGUGCGUUUUUGACCACUACUUUAGUAGUGGUAAACCGAAAACAAACUAGUCCUAUCAUUAAACAUCAGGAUGCCUUGAGCAGUGUACAUUGACUUACCAUUCCUGCUUCAUCAUCUUAACAAACUGUUGACAAGUAAUUGGAAACAUUGUUAAUAUUUUCAUGGACACAGAAAAACGGAUUCAUUCCUACACUUUCAAGCUAAAUUUGUUUCCUGCGGUGGCAAAAAGGUUGAAUGUGGGACAAGUCUACACAGUCACAGGCAUAGGCUUCAUCACAGAGGACUAACAAAAGGUGAAGAACGAUCUGAACGUUGGAUGAGAUGUUUACUUUGGAGAAAUGAGGCCAAUGCUGAAAGGUCUUCUUCCCUCUUUACCAGUUAUUUACUGUAGUUUAUUCCCUUCCUCUGCAUUUUUAUUGUAUUCCCAUCUUGUUAUCACCUUAUCCUCACAAUUACAGUUUACAAUUUGCAUUAACAAGAGGAUCAUUUUUGACUGGUUUAGACACUAAUUUAAUUCUUACUGUGGGGGAUAUUUCAAACUUUUUCCAAACUUUUCAAACUUUUUCCAAAUGGUUGGACAUUGUAUGAUGUAAAAUAAUAAAGCCUUUGCGAGUGUAUUGUAUAUCAUAGAUUGUAAAUGUAAUAAAUAACGACAAUUUAUUUUAUAUUUUUAUAAACUUAAAUAUCUUAAAUAAAUGGAGGAAGACAUGAACACCUGAUUUAUCACAUGG